CGCCCGCCCCGGCGCGCGCGCGCGCGCGUGUACCCAGCCCUCCCUGCCCGCCUCUUCUCGCGCUCCCCGCUGGCCGCGGCUCCCUCGCGCUCUCCCCGUCUCCUCUCCGCUCCGCCGGGCGAUGCCAGCUCUGGGCCCCGGCGACGCCGCCUCCCGCUAGAGAUCUGCCCCCUCCCCCGGCCCGACCCCCUGCCCAGCCCUGCCCAGCGCGCGGGGGUCGGAGAAGGCGCUGCGGACGCACCGACGGCCGAGGAGCGGCGAUGCACAUGCACUAGCGGCACCCCCUAACUCACUCCCUCCACACCCCGCGCCGCCGCCGCCUCCACCUUCUCCGCCUCCGCCUCCUCCUCCUCCGCCUCCGGCAGCCGCGGCAGAAGGACCCACCCUGCCCCCCACCCCACCCUCCGCCGGCUCUGGCUGCGGAUCCAGCCUCGACUCCUAUUUUAUUUAUUUUGGGUCGUGCACUAGCCUCAGUGCCUGCAGCCCGCGCCUCCCGGGCCCGCGGGCGCCUCCUCCCUCGGCUCCGGAGCCCCAGACCCCGGCCGCCCGCACCUCGACACCCCCAGACCCCGGCCAGCCGCCGCUAGUCUUCGCCGCUGGAAUCUUGAUAGAGGCUGUCUUUUUUGGGGGGGUUCUGGUCUUUCGACAAUUUUGUUUCCAGCCAAGGAGAGGAUAUCGUGAUUUUUUUCCCCUUUGAGCCCAGGCUCUGCUCUUUUGGGGGGGGGGGGGGCGCGCCGACCCGGGGAGUCGUGCCAGCCGAGUCGUGCGGGCUGUGGCAGGGAAGGGGCCACCAUGGGAUGUACUCUGAGCGCAGAGGAGAGAGCCGCCCUCGAGCGGAGCAAGGCGAUUGAGAAAAACCUCAAAGAAGAUGGCAUCAGCGCCGCCAAAGACGUGAAAUUACUCCUGCUGGGGGCUGGAGAAUCAGGAAAAAGCACCAUUGUGAAGCAGAUGAAGAUCAUCCAUGAAGAUGGCUUCUCUGGAGAAGAUGUAAAGCAGUACAAGCCUGUUGUCUACAGCAACACCAUCCAGUCUCUGGCCGCCAUUGUCCGGGCCAUGGACACUUUGGGUGUGGAGUACGGCGACAAGGAGAGAAAGGCGGACUCCAAGAUGGUGUGUGAUGUGGUGAGCCGUAUGGAAGACACUGAACCCUUCUCUACAGAACUGCUGUCUGCUAUGAUGCGGCUCUGGGGUGACUCGGGGAUCCAAGAGUGCUUCAACCGUUCUCGGGAGUAUCAGCUCAAUGAUUCUGCCAAAUACUACCUGGACAGCCUGGAUCGGAUUGGAGCUGCUGACUACCAGCCCACUGAACAGGACAUCCUCCGAACCAGGGUCAAAACCACCGGCAUUGUAGAAACCCACUUCACAUUCAAGAACCUUCACUUCAGGCUGUUUGAUGUUGGGGGCCAGCGAUCUGAACGCAAGAAAUGGAUCCAUUGUUUUGAGGAUGUCACGGCCAUCAUCUUCUGUGUCGCACUCAGCGGCUAUGACCAGGUGCUCCACGAGGACGAAACCACGAACCGCAUGCACGAAUCCCUGAAGCUCUUCGACAGCAUCUGUAACAACAAGUGGUUCACCGACACCUCCGUCAUCCUGUUCCUCAACAAGAAGGACAUAUUCGAGGAGAAGAUCACCAAGUCCCCACUGACCAUCUGCUUUCCUGAGUACACAGGCCCCAGUGCCUUCACAGAAGCUGUGGCUCACAUCCAGGGGCAGUAUGAGAGUAAGAAUAAAUCAGCUCACAAGGAAAUCUACACCCAUGUCACCUGUGCCACGGACACCAACAACAUCCAAUUUGUCUUUGAUGCUGUGACGGACGUCAUCAUCGCCAAAAAUCUGCGGGGCUGUGGACUCUACUGAGCCCUGACCUCCUGCCCAGCCUGCUGCUCACUUCUCCCCUGGACCCAGAGCUCUGCCACCGCUCGGAUGCUCUGUGCACUGCAGAAAAACCCAGAGGCUGGCCCUGGGGGAGGAGGAGGCAUCCUUUGAGCAUCCCCACACUACCCCACUCCAGCUGCAUGACACAUGGGAACAGGGUUGGGCAGAGGUGUGGAGCGCCACACACCACAAAGCCAGAGACAGCGGCAUACCACCUGAGUGUUGCUCGCUGGCCAGCUGUGUCUUUUCAAUGUUUCACUCAGGGCCUGAGUGGGCAGCGCUGCCAUAUGGUUUGGAGUGGGCGUGUCUUGUGCCCCAUGCCUCCUACUCAAAGUCCUUAUGUCUCUUCCUCAGCUGGGGUGAUAGGGUGGCUGGUGAUGGCCCUGUGGCAGGUGCUGGCUGAUUAGGGGAUAGUAGAUGCCAUCUUUCAGCUUUCCUUAGCGUCUGUUUGGUAGAGGGCAGUUCCGUCGCCAAACGCCAACAUGGAAUCAAGGCACUUGUGGGGUGCAAAGGUUCAGACCUUGGGGAAGGCUUCCCUCCUCCUUCAUCUUGGAUCUUAGCCCUUCUCUGGAUCUUCCCUUGCCCUUGGACUUCCCAGAAAACUCAGCCCUGACUCCUUUGGACCUGAGAAUAUUCCUUAAGACCUGCUGACUGCAGUGGUGCAUGGGUGGGGAGAUAGGUCCUGUGCCACAUGCGUUAGGGUGGGAAGGAAGCUGAGGGCAGGCAGCUCUUCCUGCGUAGGUUGAUCGUAAGUCCUGAGAGAGCCAUCUGUUGGUUCUACUCAGACAGGCUCGGCUGCCCUGAGUUCUGAGUGAGUAGAUAUGCUUCUCCAGUCAUAGGCAGAGUAGGCAGAGCCCCUGGGACCGGAGGCUCUUGAAGCAAGUACAAGAGUCUUUACUAGGUAAUGUACUAAGCCAGUUACUGAAGCCAGUGCCAUACUUUACUCCACCUUGGUCAAGAAGUCAGGAAGCAAGCCCUUGUAUAUUCCUGGUCUCAAGGCAGAGAGCAAGCGAUGAGCCAACAGCACCCUGAAGUGUGAGCUUAGGAAGAGUAUAAGCCAACGCAGACAUACAACCAGCCCCCUGGGGAAGAGCUUUAGGAGCCCAGGGAGGGACUUUGCUGCAGAGGUUCCUAUGCAAAAGGGGCUGGGAUGGUUUUGGCGCCCUAGCCUCAGCUGACUUGGAACAGUCGGAACAUUUCCCUGUCUGUCAUUCCUAGACAUCUCCAGUCAGCUGUACCACAGCCUGUGGUUCAGGCAGGCUUGUGUGCUCACCGCAUAGGCUGUACCUAGGGAUGCAGAUGUGUCCACAGGAGGGUGGGGGAAGGGCUGCACCUAGAAGGGCCUCUGCUUUCCUCAAGCCCUGUGUUCUCCUGACCUCCACUCGGAACAGUGCUCAGUCCUAGGCCUGGGCUUUCACACACACACACACACACACACACACACACACACACACACACACACACACACGGGCAUGCCAACAGCUCUGGGCUUGUUGGUUCCAACAAGAACAGAACUCUGGUAGUCCAGGGAAACACGGGAACCUUCCCCAGUGCCAAAUGCUUGCAGAGUUGAUCCUCUGGGAAGCUAGCCCCAGUCUGGCUGCCUUGCCACUUCCCCCUCAACCCACGCUGUCUGCACCGCCAUCAUUGUAGGACCUUGUGCCAGGAACUGGGAGGGAUCAGAGAACAGACUCCCGGAGCCUACAAUCUCAGUGACCUGAUGUGGUGACUAAGGCCAAUUCAUUCAUUGGCCCCACACUGAAGAUACAGCAGUGAUUUCUCAGCAUCACCCACUGUGUGUGGCCACCUGAGUCCCCAGACUGUAACCCCAAAUUUAAAAACACCUGCAAUCAAGGGAUAUUGGCCAAGCCCCAUCUUUUAAGACCAUUUCCGGGAAGGUGGAAGUCUCCAUUCCUAUCAACAUACAGCUUCCACUCCCCAAGGAACCACUUCAGAUCACUGCAGCAUGGUAGCCAGAGCCCUCAGCUAGACCAGGGCCUGGACCCGGCCCCCCAACCCGUUUGACCUACCUAUCUUGCCUACUAUCUUGCACCGCUCUCAACGCCCCCACUCUGGCCAUCCGAGAGAGGGAGGUCUUAGGCUGUCUACUCUAAGCCCUCAAGAGCAUGGUCCACAGGGAAAACUAUCCUGUCUCCCAUCUGUGUCAUCACCAGCAGCAGCUCUACCCUGGGGGGCAAACGUGCAUGAUCGAUGAGGCUUGGCUCCGUCGUGGUUUUGGGUGUUGGGAGAGAGUUGUAAGUGACCAGACCAGGUCUGUGGUGGCCGUAUCAGUGGCCAUCCUAUAGUUUCUGAGUGGUCUACCUGAGCAGGCCAGGAGCCAGUUUCUAGGAAGAGUGCCUUCACCACAUUCAUGGGACCGUGCCCAUUGCUAGAUGUCUGUGGGCAAGUCCUGUGCCCUGUACCAACAACCAUUCCAAGAAUCUUCCCUCUAAACAUGGGUAGAGGCCCCCAAAUGUCUGGUCUGAGUUGUGGAGGGUUAAACUCUGCUUUGGGGAUGAAGACAGAAUCCUCCCAGUCUGAGCCACUCACUGGUAGUGCUGGCCUUCAGCCUCCCAUGAUCCCUUCUGUGCAGCCCCUAGAUCCUGGUGCCCUGUCCCUUUGGAUCCUUUUGGACCAGGCAAAAGACCUCCAUCAUCUCAGCCUCCCAGCCCAGGCCAACACCCUACUGUUAGGAGCUGAAGGCACCUGACCUGUGUGGACUGCACUGGAUAUCACUGAGUGUCCUUCUCAACCCCAUAACCUGGCCGUCUACAGCACACCCCUCGCAGGGAGGCUGGCAGUGCUUCACCCAGCCCUUUCCUUCUGCAGAAAGUACUGCUGUAAGAAAUGCACCCAUAGAUCCCACAUACCACCUGCUGACAAACAGCCAGUGCCCUGAGGGUAGGCUUGACUCUCUUCCUGACCCCUCCCCUUCUCCAUCAACACAGUCUCCUGACAAGGAGGCCUCCCACACCCAGGAGAGACUCAUGAAGCCUCCAGAUCUUCCCUCCCCGCCCAGUAGUAGCCUGCCACCCUCUCUUGAGGAUUCUGGGGCACAGAGCAUCUUCUAGCUGCCACCGCUUUUCUCUGAGCCUCCUGGUAAGCUCCAGAUACACUCCCAGGGCUCUCAAGAACCCAGUCCCGAGACUCCAGCACCUCUCACCAGAGAUUCGGUCUGGACUGCUGGAGGCAAGCACUUCCAGGCUGUUGAUCCUGUCAGGCUACAACCUAGAGAAAGGAAGCCCCAGCAUCCCAAAGAACAGGGCCAGGGCUAUAGGCAGGCCUCCCGACAGCCCACCCCUCAGGAAGAAAAAGCCUUGUACACACCUGCUUAGAGUGGGUUGGGCUUACAGACACUCCCCCGUGCCAGAUGAUGGCCAUGUCAAGAAGGGAGCAAGUGGAGGAAAACCAGAAAUAAUAGUCUCCAUCCAAAGCCCUGGGCCCAGUAGUCGGAGUGGGGUACCCUAUGAGGGGCAGCUUUCUUUCCCCCAAGUACGAAAGGCCACCAGCAGAAACUGCCCUUCCGAGAAGCCCUCAGCCUCCCCCCCCCCUUUUGCUUCUUGCACCAGCCACAGCUGCCUACCCUGCAUGGGCAGCAGCCCCCCACUUCCCAGGCUUCCCCCUGGCUUCUGACUUGACCCCUGUGGCCUGUGCACCUUCUAUCCCAGGCCAGAGGCCGGGUACCCCAUGUUCCCCUUAGCAGAGCCUUCUUAGGUGCAGUGCCCCCCCCCCCAACCCAUUGCCAUCACCUACCCUCAUUAACUGUAAUUUUGUAAGAAGAGUGACUUGCUGGUUUAAUAAAUACCUAGUUAUUGUAAUAAUUUAUUGGCUGCCAUAAUGUAUUUAUUAGUCACCCUCCAUUAAUAAAAACGCCAGCUCUUUCUA